UAAUAGCAGCUCCUACAAUACGAAGUCUUGAAAAGAGAACUCCAAUUAAUACAAAUAUAUUCUCCCCAUUGCCUCCCCCGCCUACAACUUCUUCUGUUCAUAUAUAUGAUUUUAUUUUAAAUCAAACUACGCUUUCACCAGAUGGUGUUCCUCGCACGGUUUGGACUGUUAAUGGCCAGUAUCCUGGGCCAAUGGUUGUCGCCAAUGUGGGAGAUCAGAUCAUUUUAAAUGUAACAAAUCAAUUAGGAGAACCAUCUUCAAUUCAUUCUCAUGGAAUUGUUCAAAGGAAUACUAAUUGGUAUGAUGGUGUUCCUGGAAUUACACAGUGUCCAAUACCUAAUGGAGCUAAUUUCAUAUAUAAUUUUACUGUUGUCGACUCUGGAACAUAUUGGUAUCAUUCUCAUUUCAUAGCGCAGUAUGUUGACGGAUUAUUUGGUCCGAUUAUCGUUCAAGACCCAGCUGAUCCUCAUGGGAAUCUAUACGAUUCUGAAUAUGUUAUUACUUUAAAUGAAUGGUAUCAUAAUACUACUAAAGACAUAUUGGCUGUCAAAAUGGCUCCAACUUAUCGAGGUGUUAAUCCCGUUCCUGAUGCUGUCCUUAUUAGUGGUUAUGGUCAGUAUGAUUGUACCGUUGCAUCCUCCAAAGGCAAAACAUGCACCUCGGUGACUCCUGCAACCUAUGUAGUCCAAAGCGGUAAAAGAUACCGUUUCCGUAUAAUUAAUACAAGUGCGGAUAGUCACUUCCAUUUCUCGAUUGAUAACCAUCAGUUGUCUCUUAUUGAACGUUAUUCUGUAGUAAUAAAUGCUACUCAACCUGUUGGAAACUAUUUUAUUCGAGCUAGUGUUACCCAAGCUUGUCAAUUCAAAGUAAAUGCAUCAACUAUAAAUUACGAUUCUUCCAUUAAUUGGAAUGCUACCGGAAUAUUACGUUAUGAAGGUGCUAAUAAUACCACUCCAACUUCUCAAGAUUUCCCUGAUACUGCUCCACUCACCUGUGAUGAUGUUCCGGAUUCUAGUUUAAUACCAGUUGUUGCUAAUCCUCCUCCACAAAAUGCCACUCAACACAUUUUAAAUAUUACUUAUGCUCCAAAUUCACAAGGCCUUGGAGUAUUCUUUAUUAAUGGCAAUAGUUUUGAAGCAAACUUUAAUAAUGCUACAUUAAUGCAAGUAACUUCGGGUGGGGUUAGUCCACAAAGUUUACCUGCAAAUCAGAAUAUAAUCUCUUAUGAUACUGCUAAUGCUGGUAUUGAAUUGGUUUUCGUUAACAAUGUUCAUGAUAUUCAUCCUUUCCAUCUGGUAUACAUUUUGAUUUAUUUAUUUAUUAUCGUCUAUAGUAGAUCUAUACACGGUCACUCUUUCUACGUUGUGGGAAGAGGUAAUGGCACUACACCAGAUCAAAGCACUUAUAAUUUAAUUAAUCCACCAUAUCGUGAUACCGUAACAAUACCACCAGCUGGAUGGUUAGCAAUACGUUUUGUAGCUGACAAUCCAGGUAUAUGGGCAGUACAUUGUCACAUAGAAUGGCAUGUUGAAAUGGGUAUGGUUGCAACACUUGUUGAACGACUCAAUGAUUUAAAACAAUUAACCGUUCCAGACAGUGUUAAACAAUUAUGUCAAGCAUCAUAA